AUGACAUGUAAGGCCCAAGCGUUUGACGACGAUGAUUUUUCGUCAACCCCGAUACCGUUUGGCAGACCUCAAGGUUUCCAGUUUGGGCAAGGGACCUUUACAUCAUCCCCGGUUGGCAGUACUUCGUCCACCCCAAUCCAGAACCCAGACCAGAGUAACAGUCCCGUCGAACGUUCGUACUCUCAUGCACGAGGCGAUUCCUUUACUUCGGAGUCCUCGUCCUAUGGCCAUGGGAAAUCCGCACAAUCAUUUUCUGGGAGAAACACUAGCCUUGGGCAUGUUGCAACGCCGUCAGUAGCAACCUCAGUCACUUCGGCACCUUCACGGAAGUCAUCCUUCGCUUCAAUAAAGAGUGCACUCAAGGGUCUAAAGACCACGGCAAGUGAUGCGCCACCUGUGCCGAGUCUGGAUACAUCAGCGUACCCUCCUUUGCUCCGUAAUCCGUUCGGUCGUGCUGGGUCAUCGCGUAAUGCUAGUCUUCCCGCCCCCUCUAACACGAGCCGCAGAAGACCUUCUGCCCCCAGUCCUUCACCUUCGAAUGCGGGUGCCUCAUCUAGAUCAGUAAAUAUCUUCGCUCCCCAGAGCAUUCAUUCCCGUGCCAAAAGUAGUAUGCCGGUAUCAGCCUCGAGGGCGCUGCAAUCUCAGCCAAUAGAUCAUUCCCCAUCGAGCUCCGUAGCCCAUUCCCAUUCGGAAAUUGAUUCUGGGGGCCACACCGCGAGCCACCUACCUAUAAUUUCACAGAGACCCUUCAACCAAGGUCCACCACGCGCUGCUGCCCAGCACCCGUCCUAUCCUGAACCAUCGCCAGAGGUGGAACCUCGCACACCUGCAGAAUACGCUUUACAUGCAGUCUUCGUGCAAUUUGUGACUAUAUCUGAACAGAAGAUCCAAAGUUUGCUGCAGGAAACUCUAGUGAGCACGUUUGAGCCUCCGCUGGUUGAAAAAAUUGGCCCAGGUAUCGAUGUCUCCUUUGAUAAGGUUUUGGAUUCAUUGGCACACAUCGCUCAGAGGCAGGCUAAGCCAGUCAUUGACGCCUUGAGUAGAUGGAAGAAGGGAUUGAGUGACCAGGCAAUACCCCCGACUUGUUUACAGCAGCAUGUUUCAGGGCUGCUGGAUCGUAACGCGCAGAUGGACACGAAACUUCGCCUAAUCAAACGUCGUGAGGUGGUAGCAACUUACAUAUACUGCCGCACUCUCAUCAAUGUCGUUGCCAGCUUAGGGAAAGAUUCGCUCGAUGAUGAGUUUGCGAAUGAGUUGGAAGCGAUCAUGUUCAGGGAAUUCGUUCGCAGCCAUGAAUCGGCCUACGUUGCAUCGGCCAACCAGAAGACUAACUCCAAUCUUUUCUCUGUCGUCUUGGGUCACCUUGCCAAUAGAAGUUUCAUGACCGUGACAGAUCGCUACCUCCACGAACUCCAGCCUCUGGCUAUGGAUCAUGGGCAAAAGGACAGCGAUCCACGCCUGGAACAUGUCCUAACGGGUUUGCGCUAUCUGGAACUCAAAGUCUGGCCACCGGAGCAAUUCGAGCUGGGAGCAGAGUUUAUGGAGUCCCUUGCUCGUUGCUUCAAAAAUGCCCAUGGUUUCAAAAUGAAAUCGGUAUUCGCUGAGAACUUAACUCACAUGCUUCAUCCACUCGGAAAGAACGCUUCUGCGGAAUUCAACAUCCCUUCUUGGGUUCAAGCAAUUGAACACAUUUACCCAAAAGCUAUUGGGAUGACGACAAAUCCCAAAUAUUGGUCAACUGCAUUUCCCUUGGCAGUAACUGCUUUAUGUGUGGCUCCACAGGACUUUUUCCGGAAGCACUGGUCUGCGCUUUGUGAUAUUACCAUUACCAAGCUGUUGAAGGAGCGAUUCUCUAGAUCAAUGUUGAAGAAUGGGCUUGUUCGUGUGAUCUGGACGUACCUUUAUCAUUGUCAGGACAACGCAUCCACUGUCGGCACAAAAAUGGAGAGCAUAAUGCGUCUACUCCUCCCUUCCAAAAGACGGGCAGUUCCCGAAGACAUGGUGGACACACUUACUUACAUUGUUCAUUUCAUAACCUCACGUCCGAACUUGGAUUAUGGUCCAGACUUAAUCAUGGAAAUGAUCCAAGAAUCAGCUCUCACGAAUGCUAACAUGUCACCCAAUGAUAUUGUUUCCCCAGAGCGUAUCACUAUUGCCAUACGCUCGGGUCUGUUGUCGCUCACGAGUCUCGAGGACAAAACAUAUCCAAGCUGGCCGUCAAAUUCAGAUUUUUAUGAAGCAAUACCCAGCACAGACUAUCCCUUCCUUACUACCUCUCUCCCUGCCCCAGCUCUUUCCCGACCGGACAUCCAAUCAAUUGUCGAUCGCUUGGGGCCUGUAGUCGCUCGAGCCGUGGCUGUCUGCUUUCGAGCCCUUGGGCAUAUGAGUGUGCUUGACCCACGGUACAAGUACGAACAUCGCUCCAUUCCUCAUGAAGAGCGAGGAGAAAUAGUCGUCCGCCAUCACCCAGAGGGCAUGGUUUGUUGCUAUCCUCGAUCCAUUUCCCCCCUGCUCGAUGUUCUUCAGUCGUGUUUUGACAGUUGGCCCCGCUUGCUGCAUCACACCCUCCCUUUCCUCGACGUCCUCGAUAUGUUAACGCGUUGUGUGGAACAUGUCGAGCCCGCCAUAGCAGGUUCCGCCACAGAGUCUAUCUCUCGUCUGGCCUCGGAAUCUCGGUAUGUGCGAGUGGUCGCCAGAGCCGUUUCUCAGUCUUUGUUCAGCGCGUCAAGCCUUUCGAGAGAUAGCGGGUCCAAGCUUGUCUCAGAACAUUCUCGCCGCAUUGAGCUUUGGCAUACUGUUGUGGCAAAGUGGCAUGCAACUUCGGCAGAACAUGGCGACGAACAGGCUUUGCAACAAGGACCCGACAUCGAAGAUGUCAAUCCUGUGAUAUUGCUGGACGAGGUUGAAGGGGGUUCGCUCUUCCUUCUGGCUUCAACCAGCAAAUGGAUUCGCGAUACUGCUCUAAAAGUUCUAAAAAUGGUUCCUGAGCUCCGAGCUUCAACGGGCGGGAGUGCGACUUUGACCCGCGAGAGGGUGUGUUUGAUUGAUGUCUUGGGUGGGAAGCGCUCGUCCAUACAGGUGCCAGUGGAAGGGAGUCUAUUGAUUCCAGAUGCUGAGAUCGAGCGAUUGAACAAGUGGAGAGAAGCAAAUUUGCCCGACUACCUGCUUCGAUUGCUUGUUAGUGAUAAUUCUCUCGACCAUUCUUUAUGGGGAUCCAUCCUCCCAUCACUUAUGAAAGCUUGCAUGGAUCAUUGUCCUCACGCCCUCGACAUAUGUCGGGAAUCGCUGAAUGCGGCCGUACUGCGUUACCACCCCAUCAUGGUGUCUUUGGCUGGCAUGAAUUCUAAAGCUGUAAAUCCCCCUACCCACCGCCAUCCCAAUUCAUCAGGGCGGACGAAUUCUAGCGUUCACGAUUUCAGUGCUGAACAGCGUAAUGACAUUCAACAAUGGCGCUUUUGGACUGCAGCGCUAUGCUCAUGCACACUCCCGACUGAUGUCCGACCCGCGACAGCCAGAGAACACGCUCGAAUGCCGUCCGAUCCUUCAAAUCAGGGGGGUCGUUUAUCCUCGUCUCGAGGCUUAUUUAGGCUCCUUAUUCCGUUUCUCGCUUGUGACUCGAGUUUAUUCAGAGACUCUGUUGUGAGCGCACUCGGUUCCGUACAUCAGUCCUCCUUCAGAACUCUCCUCGAAGGCAUACACGGUAUCAAUGCCCACAUUUAUGAUGACGGCUUCCUGUCCCACGUCCCUCGAGGCACGACCCGUCGUACAAAAAAUCAAGAUCGGUUGCAUAUUGCCGUUGUUCGUGUAUAUGCCCUGACAGCGCGGUUUGUAAGGGAGCCACAAGUCUCAUCGGACGCCACCGCCAUGAAUCUUCUCUUAAAUUUCGUUCGCGCUACCGAAGGCUUCCUGUCACAACCGGAUGUCAAGGUCGACUGGGAAGUGAGUCGAUUACGGCGUUAUUUUUGUCAUAUUGUAGAGCAGCUCUUCGCUGUGUUGCCUCUGGAGUUCGAUCGAUCACUAGAUCCCAUUCUUCGUUUGCGGUUGUUCCGACUAUGUGAAGAUUGGUGUUCAUAUGGAUCGCAUCCAGCGUAUAGCCAAAGCACGGAAAUGAUGAAACGUCAUCUCAUGUCGACAACGAGGGAUAUUGAUGAUCAGAGGCUGGCUAUGGAUCGAUUCCAGAAAGAGUCAGCUACGCUGGCCCCCUCGGCGGCAGCGGCAAUGUCAUCGCUGUGCGUGAGUGAACCUAAGCCGAGCUUCCUUGGCGCUUUCUUUAACGGGGUCUCAGUAUGGUGCUCAGCUCCUCUCACGGCCGCUGAAAUCAUUAAUUGGAUUUCAGCGCUGCUGGCAAGUGACAAAAGUGUGCAUCAAGGUGGCAAGAAAGCACUGAAGUCCCUACUUAUCGACAAGGAUGUAAAACCAGAUCUGCUGGACCUCGCGGUCCGGAGCUCGUACUCCUGCUCCUCCUCGAGCGCGAGCGAUGCUUUCUUUGCUGUUGUCUCUUCCAUGAUUAUUGAUUCCGAUGGAAGCCCAUUCGGCUUCCUCUCGGACUUGUGGCUUGGCCUUGUGCAGCUUGGACGGCCAACCGUCGACGCGCGAAGAAGGGCUCUACAAGUCCUCCUCCGGAUCACGGGAGACGGGAAUAACAAUGCUUUGCUUCAUGAAUUGAACGCUGCCGUUCGAAGUAGUGCACCGAACGUCUACCAAUCCGCCCAACACAAGGCAGCAUCAGUUCUUGCCAGUAUUUAUCCCACAGCUUGCUUUGGCAUCAUCUCACAGGCCACUUUGAGAAUGCCUCAAUCGCGAGAGAAUCAGCAACGGCCCGCAUUACAGUGCUUAAUCCCUUGGGUAGCCAUCACGCAAUUGAUGGCCUCCGAUCGUGAAAUCACUACUGAGGGUUAUGGAGCGUUGCAAAACCUAUUUUCCUUGACGGUCCGGUACGGUGACAGUCAUUCCGACAUACUUCAAGCACUAUGGUCCGCUCUGGUGGAAGGCGGGCAUGAGACAAACUGGAGCGCGGUGGUUAAAUUUUUGGUUGAGCAAGCCACAGUACGUUCCAACCACUCGUUUGUUUUGUAUGCCAGAAAAAUUAUUGCAUAUCUGUCACGGACCCGCAUCGGACCUUCCGUAUUCACCUCUCUUUGCACUAUCAUUGAACCACCUUCCAUGAUUUUGGCUCAAGCACCUGAUCCGCGUCCGGCGGAUUCGAAGGAUGGCUUUUUUGUCGAGGACCUUGACGCUCUCCUCUCAAAAACUACUCGCCAGCCCCUUGCUCCUGCUGAGCUAGCAUUGCUUUUCCUAGGAGAUUAUGCUCUAGAUGGCCCUUGGGAACACAAUGCCUACCUCCCCUCACUCUUGCAAAUCUCGUUUACACUGCUUGAUCAUCGGGUCCCAACUGUACGGAUUCAAACUCGCCGCUUACUUUUUCAAAUUCUUCGAUCAUGGGUCAAUCCGUCGAACGAACUUCUUGAACCUUCGGGGAGCUUAGCAGUGCCGGAUGUCAUGGCAACGAUAGAUUCUUUAGAGGAUGAAAUGGACUCAAGCUGGAAUCCCACUCGCCGGAACGAAGACGGACUCAACGAAAGAAUACAAAGAUUAUGUCAUUCUGUGCUCCAGUUACUAACGCCAAUCAUCCCAACAAUCAAAGGCGAGUGGACGGAGACUGCUCUCCAAUGGGGUGUUCAGUGCCCACAGCGUGAUGCAGCGUGCAGAUCCUUGCAAAUCUUUCGAACGCUGUGUUCUUCAUCUCAACCAUCAAUGGCAAUAGAUCUUAUUGACAGACUGUCAAACACGAUAUCGGACCCUAGCGGUGCAGAUUCCAAAUUCGCAAAUGAGAUCUUACUCACAUUGGUGGACACCUGUUUGUCCUGUUCACCAUCGAAAUCAAUGUUUCCCCAGCUCUUCUGGUGCGCCUCAGCCGCGCUGUUAACGACCGUGGAAGGGGAGUUCCUUCUCGCUAUUCGCUUAAUGGACUCUAUCUUCGAUUCAUCCGAUCUCCGAAACCCUGACGAAGUGGAACUCAUACGGUCUAACAAACCGCCGACAUGGGAAAGUCGGGAGUUGUGCAUCGAAAGACUAGUCUUCGCGGGCUUACGAUCGUCUGAAACGGCCCUUCCCAGCUAUCGCCUACUCGCGCGCGCAUUGACGGUUGAAGGCUUCGAUGUCGUUGAGGCGGCUGACAACCGACUGCGUCUCGCCUAUGUGGCGAUUUUGCCUUGGUGCCUUCAUUGCAUCGAAGCCAACUCUCCGGAUGAGACCCUUGUGGCCAUGGCAGAAGAGUUGGCGAAGAUCGCGACGGAAGAGAAUCGACCAGACAUUCACCGCAUUCUUUCCUCCGUUUCCAAGAAUAGCUUCAAGAGGAAAGAAGAUUUCGUGCGACAGGCAAUGUCCUCAAUACGGGAGAACUACUGGGCUUCCUACGCAUCGGAAAUCGUGACAAUCCUUCUCGGGUGUAUCCUGAACGAACAGUCAUGGCUGCGUUCGAAAUCAAUCCAGAUUCUGAAGGUGCUACUGCAAAGUGCAGACUCGCGAAAUCCGUUCAGUCUGUCGGGAUCAGAACAAUUAAUGCCACUCUUGCGUUUGCUUGAUACUGAUAUGGCUUCGCAAGCGAUGGAGGUCUUGGAUACUCCCAUGGUCAUCUCAGGUGGACCAAGCGCACGACAAGUCCUCCGCAUGAGUCUUCAUGGUUUACCACCAACAGAGAAGACGACAGACACGGUCACAUUCGGUACGCCUUCGGAGUCCGGGUGGAGCAUUGCACAGCCAGAGGAGCAAUCAAUGAAAUGCAGACGUAAUGUAGCUGCUCUCAUGACGACAUUUAAUAAUGUCGCUGAGCCGCGCCAUCUAUCUGGGACGACAUCGACUAUCUCUUUCGCUGAAAGCGAAGAUCAACCAAUGCGCCCCCCUGCUCCUCAAUUCGCGGCUGAAGACCAAUCGUCUUCGGAUGCUGUCUCUCUUAGCGAACUCGUCAGUCAGCUGCAUGAUUUGAAUGCGUUUUUCAAGUCGGACCAGUCGUCUUUUACACAUCAACGUGUACCUCCACGAUUUGAUGCUGAAGAUGCUGAACGUCGAGUUGCAGCUAUUCUUUCCCGAUCCCUGGCCCGAACCCCAAACAACGGACCAGAAGACGUCUCACGAGGGAGUAACACGUCCCAACAUGACAGCCAAUUUGGUGGAAGCAUUCCGCCGACACCUUUCGUGGAUCUGUUUGGUGGUUCGCCGUUCCAUUCCGCUGAGGCCCUCCAUCAAAAUUUUAUGAGUAUGGCGGACGAUUUCGAGGAGGCAGACGGAGAUCACGACGAUCAUUAUGCAGGCCAGCACUCGUAUAAGACUACAACAGCAGCCAGUGGCACUACGACCCCGAACCGUCGUGAUCAUCAGGUCCAUCAUACACAUUCUCAUUCUCACGGAGACUUUGAGUCGCCUUUACAUCAAUCGACGCCCAAGUCUGGGGGUGCUGCCCAGCACCCGCACUCAUUGAAGGAUGAUUCGGAUAGCGAGUAUGAGUUUAGUGCGUUUGCAAUGGAUGAUUCAGUGGUGUCGAGAGGUCGUGGUGGCAACAAUGGUCCCUGGUCGCAGCAGAUGCCCGGUGGGUCUCAAGAUGCCAUUGAGUUGCCUCAUGCGGGGGGAGAGACCCCAGCGGCCAGACGAAUCGGUAUCAGAGGACGAAUGAUGGACACAAUUAGCCCUCAAAGGGUAAAUAAUGAUAUUCACCAUAGGGGCGCGCGACGAAGGGUAUAAGGAAUGAAUGCGCUUAGCCUCGCUGGUUUCCGCUGGUUUCCGUCGUCGGCGCCGGAGGAAGGUGCCCUUUUACAUAAUACAAUGUGUUUA